AUGAGUGCUUCUGACGGAUUGGGGAGGAUUUUUAGGCUCAUCGCGGCCAGUAAUGGUAAUUGGCAGAGUGUGAUCAAGAAAAUUGUGGUCACUUAUGGGGUUGUAGCGGUACUGUUCUUACUGCGUGUUAGACGUCGAAGGUACCAGCAUCUCUUCAGUUGGUUACGCAAUGCAACUGCACUAUCGACUUUGCAUCUUUACCCUUUACUGCGGGAUAAGAAAUUAUUGGGUUCUAACCGCCAAUUGGCGUGGUGUAUCGUGUCAGCAGCAGCAGUAAAAUACGCUACAAGAGUACCCGCUUGGCUGCCGUCGUAUUUGACAAUAGAAGUAAUUUCUGACUACGUGAUGAGCCGACCAUCGUUGUUAAGGCUUUUACAAGGUUUGGAAGAGGCAAGAUUGAUUAGAAUUAGACAAUUGACACUCUGCGUGCUAGUUCCUCUAUUAUAUUUGAGGCCAAAUGGUAAAAAAUGGUUUGGCAAAAGUUCGCUGGUUCGAGACUUUGCCCUCUUUUACGGCGUUUGGAACCUUACAUCGAUAUAUCGAUACUGUAAAAACUUGAUUAGACGUAAGAGAAAAUCGAGUGCACCUACAUUGAAACUAGUUGCCCCAAAAGAUGAGUGGCCCUUAGUAUCUACAAGUCUCAAGCCUCUAAUGGAUAAAUUGACUGAAUUACAAGAAUUAACGGUUUCCAACAAACAUACCCUUUUCGAGACCUUAAUGGAUUCUGCUUUAGUGAAGAAUGUGGUCCCCUGUUUGAAAUGGUCACUUUGGCGACAAUUUUGCAUCCGUGUACUUUCACAAGUUAAAUUGGGUCGCACUCAAAUAAUGAAGUCACUGAUGUUAAUGUUUGGAUUUUUGGUGUUGGAUCAUAACCGUAAAAUGGAUAUUUCACCACAAUUACUCAAAUACCUGGUACGUUGUCAAUUGAAAGAAUACUUGGAAAAAGGGAACGAUUUUAAAAAGUGGUUGACAUUUGCCUCUUUGAACGUCGCAUUAUACACCACUCACUAA